UGCAACUUUAGAAGAAAGUUUGUUAUGAUCACGGAAAAGUAGUUUGCAAUGACAGCAAUGUGAAAGACACGCAAUAUCAACAUUUCCUGGUCGUCCAUUCAAUAUGGAAGACACUGGAUCGGACAGUGAAGCUGAGGAUAAGAUCCUCCCAGCUAAAACUGUGUACUUGCUCAUGAAGAAGGAUUAUAGAAUUUCCAGGAACAUCCGAGCAUCAUGGUUUCUCGAGCACUUGAACAGUGUUAUGCAGUUCAACCCUGUAGAAUGCAUUAGUGAUACAGAUGAGGAGCUCAAACUUGUGUCCGUGGUACCUGCCAAAAACGAGGAGAUGGGUGAUGAUCAACUUCCACUGGUGCAGCCUGGGAUGCCUUUCAUGUUUCAGCUUCUUCCAUCGACAGUGGUCACCUUCCUUGCAAGGCGUUACAGGCUUGUGUUUGUCCUUGACCUCAGCCCCUCUGCAGCAUCUGUUGAUCUGAAAACUGGAGAAGUGCUCUUGGACAAAAUCUGUCACAACCUCAGAUGCUGUAUCAUUGGACUUGUGAAACCAUUUAUGCUUCCUGGCACGCACCUGAAGUUUGUACCGGAGCUUUAUGUCACCGUCAUAGCCUACACACCUGUUCUUGCUUGUACUGCCAACCAGGUUCUUGCUCAAGGAAUGAAGGUGACUGAGGAUAAUGCUGAGAGCUUCCUUAGUUUGGUGCUGGACAGGCUUGACAACUUCGAACAAAGUCUGGCUACAGGAUUCAACAAACUGAAGAACAAUCUCUAUUUGGUGGAUGAUGACCUGGCCGAGAGUAUCAGUUAUGAGGAAGUAAAUGCACAUCGACGCAAACUCAAUGAUUCACUGUACAACCUUAUCCGCCAAGGGCUGUUUGCUCUUCAGCUUCUCCCAGAGAACUCUAGUGCAGGGAUUAUUAUAGUGACCGAUGCCAUGAUGGGAUCCCCAGAUGCCAACAUGUUUGACCACAUCAUGACACAGCUAAGAAACAGCACUGUUGCAUGUUCCUUCCUCAAAAUGGGUGAGACAUACUGUGCCCGGUGUCAGUUUGGUUGUAUACCACACGUAGAGCUGCUCCAGUUCAUCUCCACUGCUACCUUUGGGGCCUACUUUGCUAUGUGUCCUGAUGUUUCCAAAGACAGCUCUGGUCAAAUGAAUAUAUAUCAUAAAGCCCUGUUACUGUGGAGUUUCCAGAAAGGUCUUGAGGGCUUUAAGUAUGAACUGACUCACCAUCGCCAUGUGGAGCCAAUGCAUCCGGUAGCUCUGUCCAACAGGAUUUUGUCACAUCCAAUAAAAGACAAGAAUUCAGUUGUGUUACCCACUGUAAGACAGAAACACAUGGAUGCCAAGCUGAGUGCCAACAUCUUAAGUGUUCUGUCGGUGAGGCUGAGGGAGGGAUAUACUAUCAAGGAUGUCUACCUCACUAAAGGUGGGAGUCAGAUCGAGGUACGGUUGGUCCUGCCGUAUAAAGACUACGUCAAGAUAGAAUAUACUGCCACAGCUCUCUGGCCAAUGGAAACUGAUAUGAGACAGACAGCAGAAGGGAGCUACAGUCCCCAGGAUUCCCAGACAUAUGCAGAGGUACACAUAGAGGGCCGUUACGACUUCCUGCAUGACUUCACCUGCUCACAACUCAAGGUCAACCAAAGUCAAACUCGAAUGUUCAACAUUAAGCGCUUUUGGAUGACACUUGAAAGGUUGAGGCAGGAUGACCAGCUACUUGACCACCUUCAGACAUUUGGAUCCAAUGCUGUUCACUAUAAAGUCCCUGACAGCAUCAAGAAAGGCAUUCCCUUAUUUUACAUGCCACCAAACUCAAACAACCCCGUCCUCAACUCCCAACAUAACAACAAGGACUCGGGUCUGCUUUCCUUUGCCAUGUAUUGGAAACCGGUGGUGAAUCUGGACAUAAAGAUUUGGCAGAAGUGGAUGCACAGUCAUCGUAUUGGGAUGAUACUAGAACAUGAUGUGCCCUUGCCUAAAUACCUACACACCCCUAACUCUAGUGGGCGCUUCCAUGUGGUACUGUGUCGUCAGGCACUCACCUCUCUGCAUGUGCUGCUGCGUGACUGGAGCACCUUUGUCUUAUUAGAAAAUGAUUCCUACAUCAGACUACUGCCUGGUGAUUCAGAAAAACCACCAACUUCUUUCCUGUUAUUGAGGGUCACAUCCAAGCCACCUUACAUGGUGCUACGAUUGGCGUUUUUAGGAGGAUCCCCUGGCUGGGAGAGAUACUGUAUUAUUCAGGAGCUACGAGACAAAGUUGCUGCUCUGAGGUUCCCCAAGAGGGGCCCCACAAAGGUAGAAAAAUCCAAAGUAUCUCCUACCAAAGACAGUGCAAUCAAGAAACUAAAGAAGAGGCCAUCACCGCUUUUACGUGACUGGUCUGAAAUAAAUUGCUGUGUUCUCCUGACUAAACCCAUAGAGCAGAUUCUUAUCAGCUAUGACCGCCUACCACAGGACAUGAGUAUUAUAGAGGACCCCUCCAAGUUCCUUUCCAGGCACCUAUCUAACCAGCAGCUAGCCAGUAAAACAGCUGUCGCCAACACCUUCAACAUGAUGUCUCGCUACCUCCACCAUCAACGCUGGGUCUGGACUGUCAAACAAGGCAAAGUGGAGGUCAGCAUGCCAGCCAUAGGUCGCAUCCUGUCUACUCUAGCAAAAAUUCGUCUCCAGGAAGGCUUCAAUUUUGUCUCUAGUAAUUCAGGCAUUGUCAAUAUGGUGGCGGAAGUUGAAAUGCAGGACAAAGAUGGAGUGGACACAGACGUCACGAAGUGUGCCAUACAGUACAUCAUGUUCCCACCCUACAUCAAAACUACGCGGGACAGGACAGUACAGUACAUCAUGUUCCCACCCUACAUCAAAACUACGAGGGACAGUGUGUCCGAAGAGGAUGUAGACGAGUUGGAAACCACAGAGGCUGAUGGAGAUGUACAAAUCGUUACAGAGUGUUGGACGGAGCCUCAGUUUGGUGUUGGUGUCAAUAACCCAACAGAACGAAAGCACUGGGAUGGCAUGACUUACAAAGACAUGGCUAAAGCACUGUAUCCGCCUGACCUUGAAUGUAUCUCCUGUCUGGUGACAUUUGAACAUCUAGUGUAUGUGUGUCAGAACACCUUUGCUGUCCCCAACAGUGUGGAAUGGCUACAGAAUGGAAGUUUCUCCAGCAGUGUUGACUUUGUGCCUCUGUAUGUGGAUGAUCCCUCUGGCCCACCAGGAUCCCCACAGACAAUACAUCAGCUCCCUCUGCCAUUUGACAUUCUGUCGCUGUUGCCAUGCAGUCAACAGGCUGAACUCCUGGUGUCGACUUACAAGAUAGCAAAUCUGAAAGAAGAUGAGAUCCAGAGAGAUAUCAAAGGUUCUAACAAUCUCUUCUUCAACCUCAUGUUUGAAAAGCUUAAAGAAACUACCCAAAGGGAAGUCACUCUAUCUCCCUCAGACAGCUUCAGGUUUUUCCAUUUACUUAAGAGAAGACAUCGGGAUCUUGCCACUCACCCUUUUCCUUUCUCAUUUGAGGAUGAUCUUGAUAAACCUGAAGAUGAAGCUUCUGACCCAGGUCUCCUUAGGGAACUUGCAAAUGAGCAAAAUAGAUUGUAUAACAUGAGAAAAGCAAGAAAAUAUCCUCUGUGGCAAUGUUUUGUUCGAGCUUCCAGUAACACUAGGAUGUUUGUAACAUUCCUCCCUGCUUCCUUUGAUGACCUUUUGAAGCUAAAUGACCUUGAGGAAAUCGUGAAAUCCAAAUCCAGCUCUAUGUGUGAGGAUGGCAUCAAAGAUGGCAGUUUGGGCAGAAAUGUCAAACUAAAGGUUGAUGUUACAUCACUUUGGGUAACCGACUCGGACACAAAUACCAUUGUAGACAGAACGGAAAGGUUAGGUGCUGAGGUCCUAGGGAAAGAGACAGACGACGCGACAGAUGUGGAGGAGUGUGAUGAGACAGAACUGGAGGAUAUGGAGAGAGAGGACACAAUUACAGACCUACCUGGGAAGGUGGAGGAGGAGAUUAGUAAAGAAAGUAAAUAUGUGUCCUGUGUCGUACCAAUGUACGUAUACGAGUGUUACCUCAAUAAUGUCACAGACUCACUGAUAAACCCUUGGACAUUUGAAUUGGCUGCUGACAUCUACGAGGACUGUACAUUUCAAACAAGAGGAGAGAGUUUGGAAACACCUGGGGGUAAAGGACACUUCUUUCGUUUCCCAUCAUUUGACCGCGACUCGACGCCUGGCAGUGAUGAUAAAGAUGACUAUGAGACUCUGCAUCAGAUCCUGCGCUGCAGUCAGUCACAGGAGCGAAGGAUGACGGAGAGUUCCGUGGAUGGCACUGAGGACCUGAAAAUUCACUGUACUUUCCUCUCCGACAUCUACUCUAGCUGUUUUGUCAAUGGGGUGUUCCAGAGUCUACAACAAGGUUACUUCAUGGCGCCUGAGGAUAUAGACUCGGUCAUUUACAAUAUGUGUACAGAGUCGUUUCCCUUGGAGACAGACAUUACCACUUUCUUACUUGCAUCAUGCCGACACUUUCGUCAAAUCGUAGAAAGAGCUCAGUCGGAACAGAGCAACAAAGAGCAGGAAAAAGGGACAGACACCACAAACAGACGCACAUCGGUCAGGUUUAUGGAGAAUCUAGAUGAAACUGAUGGAAGUGACUCCAGUACCAAACCAGUACCUACCAUCCUACAGCUGCCAAAUGCCCUGGUGAAACUUCAGACUCAGGCUGCUAGUCGGUGUGAGUACCAAGAUGGUCUGCACAGCCUCAUUCGACGCAAGUUCACCGAUAUCACCCAGAAAUGGUUCCAGCUCGUCCCCAACUAUCCUAACUACUAUUUCUAUUGUCCUGGGUCUGUUCCACAGGACAGUUCGAUGGACUCAGAUGAGAAAGACAUGGAUGAUCAGACAAAUAGUGGACCAACUAUAGAUUUGGUGCCAUCUGUUGAUGAUGAGCUUGGCCUUAGGGUGACAGAGCGAGAGGAUGGUUACUUGCUGGUAUAUAAGAGUAGUGAUGAUGCUGACCACAGUUCAAUGGCUACCACACUGGAUUCUAAUGAAUCAUUUGCCUCUGAGGAAGAUUUAUGCCCUGAACUGGCAGACGAUGAUAACAACAACACUGGUCCUCUCUUUGUGCACUUUACUUGUACAGUGAAGAGUCGCAUGCAGUACAAAGAUGUGUCAGUCCAGACUCUGAUACCAUGUUUAGAUGAAAUUCUGAUAGCUGAGGAGCAGGAACAGUCAACAAGGGACCCGAUGGAGUUACAACUGGGGGACCUUAAGAUAACUUUUGACCUUCAUUGUUUAACACUGCAGUCUGACUCAGACUUGCAAAACAAGCCUGCAUUUCAAAGGAUGAUGUCAAACUCAAGUGAGGCUGACUCUCAGUCCCCUAGCUCAGAGACAGGAGUUUCAGGCUCAAUUCAGGUCAAUGUUGGGCAGUUACAGGAUCCUAUAGCUCACCUUCCCAAACUACAGCAGCAUGCUGUCCACAAGUGUAAGGAGGAGAUCGAAUGGCUCCUGAAGGAUGAGAUUGUUUCUGCCCUGCGUCAUCUACAGCCUGUCAAGACAGAUGCCCUCCAUUUUGUCACAGAACACGUCCGGUUGUCUGCAGAUAUGGGAAAACCAAAUUGUGCUACAGAGAAAGUCAAGCUGAGCUUUGUCUAUGGAUCAGAACACAGUUUACUUAAGUUCAAAGAGGAGUUUGAGAGGCUGAAUUACCUUGGUUACCGGCUGAUGAAAGAGGAAGAUUAUUACUUUGUAGUGAGGGGACGAACAAUGACAAAUCUCAGUCAUGCCAAAGCUUUGAAUACAGCCUUGGUGGAGUUGAGUCGUGAAGGAACUCCAUCUAAACAGAACAAUCAGAUGAAGGCAGACAUGUUCCACACAACUAACCCUGAUUCACCAGAGGUUCUGACAACAUAUGUAUCACCCCUGUUUCUUACUCCCGAGGAUCCUAGGAGGACCUCACUUGAGGCAGAUUCCCCUAAUAUGAGUGGUAGUGAUGGAAUGAAAGAUAUAGAAACCAACGAAAUUGGAACCAAAGACAUGGAUACACCUGAAGGGGCAGCCAAGGGAGGUAAGAAACGUCAGUGGCGGUCACGCUUUCCUGGCCAGAUGGAAUUGCAUUUCAACCGUGACCGCCAGAUAGACUUUCCGCGAACCCCUCUCACACCGCCAGUGAAGUCUGACAAGCGAAGUAUGAGUCUUGGAGAAGAGAUAGGACAGGCUGUACUUAAGAAGUCCUCUAGUUUCGCAGGUUUCCUCACAGAAGAUGCUGUUGAACCAUUUAAAAGACAAGACUCUAUGACUGCCUUGUCUAUGUCACCCAUAAAGUGUGUGUCAGGGACCCCCCAACUACCAUCACUUGGACGACUGCGGCAUUCAUCAGCUCCCUCGGGCCAGGGCACACCCAUGAGUAAACACUCGACACUACCUCAGACACCAUCUUGGAUUUCUUCCAGAGGCAGUUACACAGAUAUUGGUUAUGAGGGUGACUCCAGUGACACAGACGAUGACAAUGCAGCUUUCAGUGACCUGAGUGGGAGACAACAGCCAGUGCCUAAGUUCUGGUUACUGAUGCAGGUUGGGGAGGACGGAGUGGAUAUCUACUUUCAUGCCAGAGAAACUGGCAAGGAGGACAACGAAGAAAAGAUAGAACAGCGUACACUACUCAGCUACUUCAGAAAAAGCAUCGAGGACUUAUGUCGCCGUGUCAACCAAAAGAUGCUCCUCAAUGACCUGUAUGAGAGUCGGACAUGUGACCCACUCCUCGUGCCUGAGGCUGAUGAAGAGGUUACAUGGAAUCUGGACAAGCAGGUCAACACUGGACAAAGACACCAUGACUCGUCUGAUGCCUCCGAGGCAGAUGAGGAGGAGGAACAACAAAAGGUGAAGCCAUACCUUGCAGCCACUUACGACUUGCGACAUGAGGCUGGCUACUUCAACUGUGACUGUGUUCUCACCCACCAGUUUAUCAUUAACCCACGACUCAAAAUGGGUGCAGCGGGUUCAAAGGAAUCUAGAGGCAUGAAGGCACUGAGGAGUGUACUGAACAAGUUCUCUGUAAUCAACAGGAAAAAUAUGUUUGUCGUCAAAAAUCAGCAUGGGUCCCAGGCUGUGUUUUACCUGAAAUUAAAAGAAGUUGGUGCCCUUAUCAGACAAACCUCGACUAUCAGCACUGAAGAUAUGUCACUCAUGGAUUCUGCUUCUUCUGUCAUGUUUUCUAGUAGAAGAGAUGAACAGGGUAUGUUGAUGGCAGAGAAGGACAGUGAUUCUGUCUCUAUAACAUCAGUAGGCAGUGCGUCUCAGAGGCCAUGCCAAGACUAUGUUGAAUUGCUUGUCCAUGGCAUUGAAGGAGGUCCUGAUAUCAAGGGAGACUUGUUAUCCAUGCUGCAGAAACGUUUAGAUGAUGCAGUUCUGGAAAUGAUCUCAUUACAACUUAGUCGUAACCCUGUCAGCAAACUUUCCCCCGGAGAUGUUCAUUUUAUCCAGAAACCAGGUGUGGAGGCAAGCAAGACGUUACACCUGACCAUUCCUACCAGUGUCGGAGUACACCUGUCUGCCCUCAUGUAUUAUCUCAAACAGAACCUUCUACAAUUCUGUCACAUGCCUAAUUAUGCUGACAACAGGUUGGAAAACCGCUUUCAGAGCCUAGUGAACAACAAGUGGCAGGUGGUCGAGGAAGGCAACAUGUUUAUCUACAUCAGACCUCACGCCCUGGGAGGCAGAGGUAUUGCCUGUAUCCAUUUGUCCUUUGUGGAUCACAACGGUUCCCAGAUCCGGGUGCUGACCAGUCCGAAACCUUCCAGGCUUGGCUGCACCAAGAUCAACCACCCAAAAGACUUUGAUGCUUACAUACACACAGAGCUGUACACUGCCUUACCCAGCCACAAACCAGGUCUGACCACACUGGUCCAGUUCUCUGUGUGGGAGUGUGGAGGAAUGGAUCUAGCUACUCUACAAGAGAAGCUUACCUGUGCUGUGAAGCACGCCCUGUGUGACAUUGUGAUGGAGUACUACAUACUUACAGCCUCAGUCUGCCCAGUACCCAUACAACUACAGGAUCUCCUACCGAUGCCAGCCUACUCCGCUCCUUCCUCACCUAUCACACAGAAAGAUGAAAUAACAGUAAAUCAGUCGGAUGGAGGGAUUCAGAUACCGGAAAUUGUGCUAGAGAGGAGACACUCCAUUGCCAGUCGUAAGCUGUCAGAAUCCCUGAAACUGACAAGUAACAUAGGGGUGAAGCAGUCUGACCAUUCACCUCUACAGUCACUAAAGGAUGCCUUCUCUGCCAAAACCCGACUAACAUCACCACCCCCGGACUCACAGAAGACGUUUGAAUUUGGGCCGAUGUCUACUGCUGUUGGAACUCCACCAGUACAGACAGAACGAGACAGUGAGAUUCAGUCUAUCAUCAGACAGUAUGAGGAAGGGGAGCGUGGCAACUUGUCCAGAGUGUUUACCUCCCUCCUAAGGGACUGGAUGGAAAUCUGCUACAAAACAGGUGUGCCUGCGGUCAGUAAGGUGGAGGUCAGCCUCCUGUCAAAGUACUCAGUGGACAACUUUCUACGUGAGUUCCAAACAGCCCUGACUACAGUAUCAUCAGACAUCAAAUCCAUGGCAUUUCAGCUGGUCAAGGACUCUACUGGUCAGUGGUAUGGAAGUCAUCCCUACAGACCUCACAGACAACCUUUACAGGAAGAAGGUCAGAUGGAGACAUCCUUGGACUGUGACAAGCGGAGGCUGCCAGGAGGAGAGGAUGGUCAAAUCAUGGUUAUUGGUCGUAACGUGGACCAGUGGAGGGCCAGCAUUCAGGAUUUCAAUGAGGAAGAGUUCAGUGUAAUGACCUCCACAUCCUCUACAGCAAUUCCAAAGCAGACAUUUCAGCGUUUUUCACCCUUAUUGAACACAAACCAAGACAUGGUAGGACUGAGUGAGCAGACCUUUAUUCCAAGACAGCGACUUCUGAUGCUGAGCAUAGAAAACAAACAGGUUUCUGUCUAUUCCUACAACUGGGCCCGAGACCUGUCCACUAUGCUGAGUAACCGUGUGACACAGAUAGUCCAGUGGCAUAACACACGUAUCCGACUGCUGGACAGUAUCAUCAGCCAGAAGAUGGGUCUUUACCAUCACUCUGUGUUUAGGGAGCUCAGAGGCAAAAAGGACUAUGGACCAUAUGCCUCCUCUUGCACCGAUAUAGAUCACCUGAUCAAGUUCACAGCUCCGAGUUCAUCCUCUCAUGAACCUGUUCGUCGUCACAACAGUCUGUCAACAUCUAUCAACCAACCAGUCAGGUCAUUCGAUGAAUCAUUCAAGGAUAUCCAGCCACAAAAACCCUUACACCAGACAAGCUUUGCUCAUUACAGUGAUCCUGUCGCCAAACAUGGCCUCCAGGCUCAGGAUUUACGCUGUCAUAACAGAAAAGAGAUGGAGAAGUUGUUGAAGCUCAACAAAUUGUAUUGGAUAUGGUUUGAGAAAAACUCGGUCAACAUGAACAUGCCAAUAUCUGAUGAGGUUAUCCAGCUUCUGAAGCAGUCAUGCCGACUGUACCACUAUUGUGCCACCCCACUACUGUUUCACCCUCAGUGGCGCCAGAAGGUCAUGGAGAAGUACAAGGUCACACAGAGGCAGACAUCUGUUUCCUCCAAUACUGCAGAGAAACCAGAACCUAAGGCACGGUCACGUCACAGCUCUGGUACCUCAGUGACCAGUAUGAGGACAAAGAGAGCUGACAGUACAGAGGGUAAGAAGAGACCAACAAUUAAUAUCUCUCAUCAGGAACAAAUAGGUGAGGAACCUUGGCACAUUGACCUCCGAGCCAGCUUUGUGAAUGAGUACAUGCAGUAUGUGCAGUCUCUGGGCUUUGUCCUCAUCCAGAUGAGACCAGCGACGCCUAAACGAGCGUCGCGCCAUGUGAAGAAGUCAUCAUUUGAACGGGUGUUUGUGGAAGGGGAGAGUAUCCAUGGACCUAUAGGGACUGUACACUACCUACAGAAGACCCAGGCAGGGGGCAUUAUGUUGAUGGAGCUGAGCUUCCGUGAACAGUACUUCUGUGUAAAAUUAUUUACCUGUGAAUAUACUCGUCUGGGUGUACCUAUCAACCAACAGCUGAAGCUACUGUUCGUUGAGGAAUGUGAGAAGUGUAAGGAUCUAAUCCACGUGCACUCCUUCGCCCACGACUUUCACUUGCGCUGUAUCCAUUCCCACAUCAGUCGUCAACAGGUGUUUAAACACAGCUACCAUCUGACAGGCUUCCUCUCCGACUUCAUGCAGGUGUACCCGUACCCUCCUAACUUCUCCAGGAAUUAUCUACACGAGGACACAAUGACGGUGGGACCCCUGACUUGUCCUGGGUCACAGCUGUAUGAGUUUAUGUUACAACAUGUCAAACUGCACCAGAUGAAGGUCAUUGCCAUGGUACCAAAUGUUGAUGCUGACAUAGACAGUGAAUACCACUUUGUCAGAAGUAAUGAAUAUGCCUUGAUCUGCCACAAACUGCGAAAAAUCCAAAACCCAAAACUUAAACAGAAACUUGAUGAUUACAAUGUGGGGCUUGUAAUUACCCAUGAUUCCCAGCAAGUUAAUUUUCAAAGUGAGGCUGAAAGGACAUUACUGAAGCUGCACUACUUUGUGGUGAUGACAAGCUGUAGGGAACUCUUCCCCAAGGCCACCAUGGAUAGUAAAAUGGGAACCAAGGGCGUUUUCCUGGAGGAGCUUAGAGAUCGUAGUAAGCCUGUUCCGGUAAAGCAGCACAUUGGAGUAAGACAGGAGACUGUGAGGACGUCCCGUACCUCCGGCAUCUACAACACACCAGGGUACAACCUGCUCAUGGAGGAGGCACAACUGGCAAGGGAGAAAAUUGAAAGCAUGGUGGAAGUUUCCACAGAAAAAUGUCGUAAAGAUUUGUUGUGGCAGCGUAUGUUGGUAGGGGAACAGUCUGAGGAGGAUGGGAGACGUAAAAAACGCAGUGAGACCGAGGAGAGUCGAGAUGGGUACCAGAAGUUGUCCUUUGAGGAGUUCCUAGAACUGUUGGAUAAGGUGGUGAAGACGCCGUUGUGUGAACUUGAUCCCAUGUUGAUGCAGCUGGAGAGUAUGAACUUCAUGUGGUACAAAGGCUUGUUCCGUGUCUUACAGACCCACUACCCUGAAACACAUCGCUGUUUCUUCAGCCAUGAUGGACAAACACAGUACAUUCUGAUCCUCAAUCCUAACUACCUGGACAUGUUUAUGAUGCUGAUGCUGGACAACACAGAAAAAAGGAUGGAACUGUGUGCCAUAUUCCGGGAGUCUAUCACAGACCAGGAACAUAGUCCGGAGAACCCUAACCUAAAUGUCCUGGGCAUGCACUCACAUGUGGAGGAUUUUGUCAAUGUCUGCUGCUAUCACCUCUGGGCCUCCAUGGUGUGACAUCACAUGUGUACAUACUGACAUCACAUGUACAGGUGUGACAUUACAUGGCGACAUUCCAUCAGAACACCAACUAUGGGCAUCUAUGCUGUGACAUCGCAGACUCACAUACUGACAUCACAUGUACAGGUGUGACAUUACAUGGAGACAUUCCAUCAGACCACCAACUAUGGACAUCUAUGCUGUGACAUCGCAGACUCACAUACUGACAUCACAUGUACAGGUGUGACAUGUAAUUAUCACAUUACAUGGACAUGUUUCUGUUGUAUAAAAAAUCUGCCGAAAUGAAUAAAGUCUACAACUUGUUAACAGACAAAGUAAGAAUGGUCAUAAAGUACCAUUUCUCCUCAAAAUCUAUCUAGUCAUCUAUUUGAGGCCGUCUUCAAUUUGAUCUCUUCUGUUAAACUGGAAUCCCUAAUUUGCCAAAGGGAACUGACUUUUUUAUUUGGAUGUUGGGUCUUCACCACCAUUUGUGUCUUCGUUGACCUGAUUUCUGACACAAGGUGGUAUGUGUUAUGUGGAGGUGCUAAACUGGUAACAGGCCUCAUUGUGGCAGGCAUGAGAUUAUACAUGUAUAUCAUCAAUUCCAUUGUUUUAAACAUCAGCUCUAGGUUCUUUGUAUGUAAGGUCAGUGAUAUUACCACUGGGUGUAAAAUAACAAAAUAUUUUAAGUCAUCUACAUUGUACGUAAUGUAUAUGUUAUUGAACGCAAGCAACUUGCAUAUUAAGAAAGACAUUUUAGGUGCAGACUUAAUUGAGUGCUAUAGAUUUUAAAUUUAUACUCAUCAUGGUAAAAGGUGUAAGAAGUCUACAGGUAACAACUAUUGAUAUAUAAUUUGUAAAAACAUCUUUUUUAACAUAAUAUAGAACAAUAUGACAUCACACAGAAUGCUGAUGUCUGAAAUGGCAAAGAAAAGGAAAAUUGGUUUGCUCUGUAGGAUUGUACAGCGUAUAUGAUAAACAAGUUCUCAAACUAGUCUUCAUCUAUUAUGAAAGUUACUGAACCUUGUGGUCUUGUCUGCGAUGGCAUUAUCAGCAUUACUUUAAAAUCUUGCGUUUAGAUUCGUUACUCAAAAGUGUAUGUCGGACUUUAACCAAAUUUUGUAUAUAUAUGUAGUAAGAUUAUUUCGUGGACAUCUCAACAAACCCUUAAAAAUAAUGUCAUAUUUAGGGAAAUUUUGAGAAUUAAAAACUUGGCAAAUUUGAUAUUUGAUUUGCAAUGCAUCAGUUUUACACAUUUCUAUAACAUAUACACAGUGCUUCCAUACUAUCAAGUGGAGGUGGGGUUUUUACCGAGACUUUAGUGAGCUAUACUAGCUGACAAAGGAGGACAGGUGAGACAUAUAAUUACAUGUAAUUCUUUGUUUUUUAAGACGGUGAGGUUGUGUGAAAUCCUCUAUUAUGUUUGUGAUAAUUGUUUCAAUUGAAACCUUGUCUGUUUUUUAGAUCAUGAAUUACCAAAAAUCUGCCAACCACAAUUCUUUCCUUAAUUAAUCAUGAAUGAUUAAACAUAAGUUCCAUUAGAUGGUACAAAAUGUAACUGUUCAAUUAUCUCUGUCCUUUUUGGUCAAUGGAAUUGGAGUAAAAUUGUUUUCACUUUAUAUAUAGUUUAAAUGAUAUGAUUUUAGAUUGAUAUACUAAGACUAUGUGAAAACCAAUCUGUCUUUCAUGAAAUUAAUAACUAGUAUUACUACAACUUUUACCAAUUGGUAUACAUUGAUUGUCUAUGGAACUUUGUGAGUUCCUUGUUAAAUACUUAGUACUGUGUGAACAAGUAUGUUGUAAUUUCUACAGUUGUCAAAAGACCUGACUUUAUUGACAUUACUCGAGUCGGAUGAUUUAGUAGUGUGAUGGUAAAACCAGUACUGAACAUUAUUAAAGAAAAGAUCACUUCAUGACAUUUAGCGAGGUAAUUUUUUAUAGGCUCUAUGAAUGUUACAAUACGUGUGGCUAUGAAUGCAUGUGUUCAGAAGUGGUUGAAAGUAAGGAUGGAUGUAAAUCAGUGUGCAAGUGUGAGGAUGGGUAGAUGUGUAUGGAUUUAUAAGUGGGAAUGUUUUUCAUAGUAUUUUGUCUUUCAUUUGAAAACUUGUGAUGUACAAUAUAUAGAAUGUUGUAUGGUUUUCCAAAUUAUGUUGUUACUUAUGACAAUGUAACCUUAAUUAAAAUUUUCUUACAAAGGA